CGUGGCGCUGAAUUUUACAGUAUGCUUUUAUUCAAAAGUUUGACAGCAGCUCACAGCGGUAUUUACACUUGUGUAGUCACCAACACCGCUGGCAAGGCAAACACUUCCGCAGAAUUGGCGAUUAAAGUUCCUCCGUACUGGCAAAUGGAGCCAUCUGAUGCUGCAGUGUUACUUAAUGGAUCACUUACUAUCAGUUGUGAAGCCAGAGGACAUCCCUCUCCUAUUAUAUAUUGGACUAAGUUUUCUGGUAGUACAGAAACCUCACUCGGUGGAGUAUCAGAUCCGGUUGUGCUUAAUAAUGGUUCAUUAAGAUUAGAAUCUGCGAGAGCCGAACAUUCGGGAAAAUAUCGUUGUAGAGCGGAUAAUGGGGUUGCUCCGCCGCUAUCGAAAACCCUCACCAUACAUGUAAACGAACCAGCACGAUUCGAAACUCCGUCAGUAAAUGUGACAGCUAAACUCGGAGAUACGGUGAGGUUGGCGUGCGUGGCGCGAGGAGACAACCCACUAUCUAUGACUUGGAGUACUUCAGGACGGGCACUUCCUAACUCUGAUUACAGGAUGAGUAUCUCGGAAACACGCAGUGCUGAAGGCUUGAGAAGUGAAUUGGUGUUAGAGAGAGCUGACAGACGAGAUUCUGGUGUUUAUCGAUGUCAGGCUUCAAAUCCUUAUGGCCGGUCUGACCAUUUCGUACAUCUUGGUGUUCAAGAACCUCCAGAACCUCCUGCAAAUUUCCGUGUACUAGAAACGACGUCUCGUUCUGUCCGUCUACAAUGGCGUAGACCGUACGACGGUAAUUCGCCCGUUCUGGGCUAUGUCGUGCAGUAUAGGAAGCACGAUUCUACAAGUGCCGAUUCUUGGAGAGACGCCGAUACACAUAACGUAUCUGUUUCUGCUCAUUCGGUAGACACUUAUACAGAGUUGGAAGGUGCUACUAUAUCAGGGCUAGAGCCUGCCACAGCUUAUCUGGUUCGAGCUAGGACUGUAACAGCUCAGUUCGCAUCAAGUCAUACGAGGGCGCUACUUGCGUUGACGCUGCACGAGCCGCCUGCGCGUGCGCCGAUCAGUCUCCGUGCGUCUGCACCGAGACCAGCUACUGUUGAACUAGCAUGGCAGGCGCCUCCCACAUCAGCAUGGAAUGGCGAACUCCUCGGCUACACGGUGUGGUGGUGGCCAUCAGCAGAUGGCUCUCUGUCUAGUGGCGCUAAUGUUGGAAUGGAAUUUGCGACGGUCCGCGGUCAAAUCAAUAAAUAUACUAUUGAAGGUUUAGAACACUACACGAGAUACUCCAUAAGCGUUAGAGCAUUCAACAGUGCGGGCGCCGGACCUGCAACUGCUCCUGUUAACACUUUGACACAAGAGAGUGUGCCUACGGAGGGUCCGCGUGCAGUACGCUGCCGUGCUGUGUCGCCUCAAAGCUUGAAAGUGGAGUGGUCGCCACCGCCGGCGCACGCGCACCACGGCGCACUGCUCGGGUACAAGUUACUAUAUCGACCUGAACAUACGGCAGAUUGGCUGGAAUGGGAGGUGCGCGGCGGCGGUGGUCCAAGUGCAGUGGCGGGGGCGGAAGUCAAGCGUGUAGCGGGCGUUGAAACUUUACUGCUCGCGUUGAGACCGCAUAUGAACUACACGAUACAAGCGUUAGCGUAUACCGCAGCAGGUGACGGUGUACCCGCUCAUCCUAUACAUUGUACCACACACCAAGAUGUACCUGGUCCUCCAGCCGCUGUUAAAGUAGUAGCAACGUCCGUGUCAUCUCUAGCAGUUAGUUGGUUACCUCCGAGUCGACCCAACGGACCAAUAUUAUAUUACACAGUGUUUUACCGAGAACUUGGCAGAGAACGACCUCCACAAACUACAACCGUUCAACCAGAAGAAGGAGAAUCAUCAGUUGGUUUAGGUGGAUCAACUGAAUUGAGAUCAUUGUCUGAAGGAGCUACAUACGAAGCUUGGGUAGCAGCCCAUUCAGUGGCUGGUGAAGGUGAGCCAUCUGCUCCUCAGCCAGCUACGACUACAUCUAGAGCAACAGUGAGACUACUGUCGUUCGGUGUAUGGGCGAGAGUAAAAUGCGGCAAUUCAUUAAAACUGGCGUGUGCUUGGCGUGGUGAGCCCGCACCACGCGCUCGGUGGCUGCGUGGUGACAGGCCAGUUACACAUGAUCCUAGGACACAUCUCACACCGCACGGACACCUAUCAAUACACGAAGUAGAUGCAUCUACAAGUGGUAACUACACGUGCGCGGCUCGCAACGCGUUCGGUUCGGAGGAGGUGACGUAUCGUAUAGAGUGCGCGUCGCCACCGUCCGCGCCCACACUUGCCUUGGACCACGCCGCGCACAAGGAGGCCAAACUUACUUGGCGCACCACUCAUCAUCCUGCCGCGCCGCCACAUGGUUUUACAAUAUGGUGGAUGCGAGUCCGAGAUGAGUCGGGAGAUGGUAUGGAGUCUGUUAGCUUGCGGGGCGGGGUAGAGGAGGAGCGGCGGCUGGAAGCGGGCGGUGAGGCUGCUGGCGCGGUAUUACGCGCCCUGGCCUGCGGGGCCACAUACUCUGUGCGAGCGGUCGCUCACUCCAGGGCCGGUCCUUCGCCUUCCUCCUCACCACUACUAGUCCGGACGAAACCUCCAGUACUAGUCUGGGAAGGUGGAGGAGAAGUGAAAGAGGAGAGUGAGCAAGGCGCGGAGGCAGCUGUGUGGAGCAACAGCAGUUCUCUGGCGCUGGACGCUAGACGGGCGGUCCGGUGCGGCGCGCGCCUCGUUCGCUUGCAGUGGCGACGUGCAGACGCCACCAACACCGCCAUCUGGAGGGACGCGGAUUUAACAUCUUUACAUCACCAUCGUGAAGUGGUGAUCAAUGAACUAGCCACAGGGACAUGGUAUGCGCUACGUUUGUGGACGGCUACAGAGUCUGCACGGCACCAAGCUAUAAUAUACGCGGCGACUACAACGCACUCUGGUGAGAGGUUACGUCGUCCUGUGGCGUUUCAAUCUGAAGGUGGGUCGGUGCCAGCGGCGGGCGGCGCGGCGGACACGGAGCGGGUUCUGGGCGCUGUGUCGUUAGCCUUUGCCGCACUCGCAGCGCUUGCGGUCGCCGCUUUGCUGCUAGUAUUGUUAGCUAAACGAAAUACUCUGUGGCCGUGCGGCGGGCCCGUAGACGAGGAGGUGCGGCGCUGCAGUCACUCUGUGGCCAGCACCGACAAGUCUGUCUGCCCAGAGCAGCAGAAUAUCAGGAACUGCCAGCACGACUACAAACACGAUAAACUAUCACCGGCCUCAGAUGUGUAUGAGAUAAGUCCGUACGCGACGUUCGCGGUAGGGGGAGAGGCAACUGCUGCGACUUUGGACCAUACGCUGCAGUUCCGUACGUUCGGUCACCGCGACAAUGACGCGCCGCCGCACCGUCCAUGCAGGAAACACCCACAGCGACACCGAGAUAGGGAAGUAGAGAAGCAUCAUUCGGAUUGUGAGCUGCAGCAGCUGAGCCGCUACGAGAAGGUGCGCCCGAGGCAUUGCGCUGGCACAUCCUACUGCGUGCCUCUACCUCAUCACGCAAACACAGGAGGCAGUGCGGGCGGCGGGGGCAGCGGUGGAGGAUUCUCGGAGGUGUACGCGGGAGACUCGAGCGUGGAGUCCGGACCUGGCUCGCUGUCUCCGCGCACUCAUCAUGAGCACAGCUAGCGCCAGAACAACGAUACCAUAUCUAGUAGAUAGUCUAGAAACUAUACGUAAGAGUCUAAAAUAGUAGUAGUAGAGAAAAUCAACUGAAC